AUGGCCGUUCCUUCCACUAUAUUCAUGUUUGAUCAGAUGAUGGAUCAGGUAGAAGCCGGUCUCCACUGCGUUCAAAAUGGCUACGAAUUUGUGGAGACCGUCAUCUUUGGAAGGGAUAUGCUGGCUGUAUUUGGCUCUCAAGAUGCGUUAGCCUUGUUUGCCUGGGCUAUACAGAGGGAAUUUACUUUCAUGUACUUCCCUAUGAUACUUUCCGUGAAUAAAAAGGCACGUGGAGAUGGGAAGUUAGACACAGUAUUGAGUGCCAUUAGUCAACUGACUAACGUUAUCACGGAUAAUGAGAGAAAGCGUGACGAGCAACAAGAGUUGCCUAUGGUUUCCGCUUCCGAUUUCCUCGACGAGGAAGAGUGUGGUCAAACGGCUCAGACGCAGUCUGGGGCCAAUUUAUCGCUGUUUGACUCUGGGGACGAAGCUCCAGAAGCGCCAGAGAACGAUGAGUUCGAUUUUCAAUUGGCAGACAUUUACGAUAAACACAAACUCGGGCCCGCGGUGUCCAAAAGGGUAGCGAGCAGUGUUACCAAGGCUGUGAGAGCGAGGACCGACGUGUCGGCACUUACAGAUAAGUACAAAAUCCCGAAAAACGCAAAGGCGUUUAUACCACCCAGAACGAACGUGGAUGUAUGGAAUUUUCUGGGUAGCCAGACGAGAACGAGAGAUGUGGCCAUGCAGGAGGUCCAAAGGUUAGUGGGCCAUGGAAUGGUCCCCAUUGUACAGUUAGUCGAGAACAUGAGAACAAGCAGUACGCUUGAUUUGGGGGCCGUUAGACGCCUACUUUCAGACUCUCUCAGUGUACUGUGUAACAUAUUUUAUGAGAUAUCCAUUCGGCGGAGACAAAUGAUGAGGUCUAAUCUGCCUCAGAAGCACCUGGCUGGGCUCUGUAAUAACGAUACUCCAAUUACAUCCAAAUUAUUUGGGGACAAUGUGGCGAAGACCACUGUGCAGACGACGACGCUGACAUAGCAAUACCUAUGUGUCACCAGCUUUUCGCAGGCGACACAAAAAGGCAUUUUGAAAGCAUCAU